CAGCAGCCCUGAGCUGGAGGGAACCUGCUGGUGCAGCAGCGUGUGGACGAGCCACAAACCCACUGGUCUGCUGCUGAAGAGGUGUUUUUACCUCCAGCAUGUCCGAGGAGGACUCGGCCGGAGGCGGCUUGGUGUCGGUGGACUUCGAGAUCUUCGGCCACGUUCAGGGAGUCUGCUUCAGAAUGUACACGGAGAAGGAGGGUCUGCGGCUCGGCCUGGUCGGCUGGGUGAAGAACACCUACAGCGGGACGGUGGUCGGGCAGGUCCAGGGUCCGGUCGACAUGGUGGAGGAGAUGAAGGUCUGGCUCAGCAAAGAGGGCAGUCCGACCAGCCGGAUCACCAGAGCCUCCUUCACCAACCAGAGGUCCAUCGACCGGCUGGAGGUCUCCGGCUUCAAGACCCGGUUCUGACCGACCGGGUCACGGGUUUAGUGUUUUAUAUUCAGACUCUGUGAAGGAAGGUUUGUGGUCAGUGAAACAAAUGGAGAUCAAUAAAUCGGAUGUAUUUUUAAUAGAA